AUGCCUCGGCCCCGCCCCGUUCGCCGUCUAUUGGCUUCUCUCACCGUCUGCCGGCGGGCGACGAGCCGGGAAGCCGGGGGGGAUCUAUUGCGCACGCCCAAGUCGCGGGUCCUGGAGCAGGAGAAAGGCGGUGGAGUGGCAUCCGAGACUAGGAAGCGCGGCGUUCGGCGGGAUCCUUUCCGGAAGCGGAAGCUCGGGGGGCGGGCCAAGAAGGUCCAGGAGCCCAAGGCGGUUAAUUCUUUCUACCGUGAGGCUUCACUUCCUUCGAUCUGGGCUUCUCUGAGGCUGCGAGAGAUGGUCAGGUCCGGGUCUCGACCCGGCCAGGUGUUAUCUUCAGGAAGGCACACUGGACCUGCUAAAUUAACAAAUGGGAAGAAAGGGACCCAUUUAAGAAAAAUAUCACAUUUUAAGGCAGAUUCUGGCUAUUCCAUCCAUUCUGAUUCAGAAAGUCAGGCUGAAACUCUUCAUGGGCUUGAUGGUUGUGCUUCUUUGCUGAGGAACAUUUUGAGAAAUGAAGAUUCAGGUUUAGAAACAGCAUAUUUAGAAAACAGAUCUAAUUCUAGACCUUUAGACAGCAGAAAAUAUGGAUCUAAAAAGAAAAGACAUGAAAAACAUACUGUUCCUUUCAUAGUCCGGAAAGAAACAUGUGAGUUUGGGAAACAACUAUUUGAUCCAUUUUGUCUUACAGUGUUUUCUCUUCAGUCAUUGAAUAUGUCACUGCAAAAUCAAUUGGAGGAGUCACUAAAGAGCCAGGAAUUACUGCAGAGUAAGAAUGAAGAGCUCUUAAAAGUGAUUGAAAAUCAGAGAGAUGCAAACAAAAAAUUUACUAGCAUAUUUAAAGACAAAGAUCAAACUAUACUUGAAAAUAAACAGCAAUAUGACAUUGAGAUAACAAGAAUAAAAAUUGAAUUGGAGGAAGCCCUAGUCAAUGUGAAAAACUCCCAGUUUAAGUUAGAAACUGCUGAAAAGGAAAACCAGAUAUUGGGGAUAACAUUACGUCAGCGUGAUGCUGAGGUGACUCGACUAAGAGAAUUAACCAGAACUUUACAGACUAGCAUGGCAAAGCUUCUCUCUGAUCUUAGUGUGGACAGUGCUCGCUGCAAGCCUGGGAAUAACCUUACCAAAUCACUCUUGAACAUUCAUGAUAAACAACUUCAACAUGACCCAGCUCCUGCGCACACCUCCAUAAUGAGCUAUCUAAAUAAGUUAGAAACAAAUCACAGUUUUAUAUAUUCAGAGUCACUUUCUACAAUUAAAAAUGAGGCAACCAUAGAGCCAGACAAACCCUAUGAAAAUGUUCUGCCCUCCAGAGGCCCUCAACAUAGCAACACUAGGGACAUGGAGGAAGUAUCUACACCCGGAAUUAUUUCUGCCCUUUCAAAACAGAAUUCUGAUGAAGGGAGCGAAACUAUGGCUUUAUUAGAAAAUGAGCAUAAUUUGGAUAAUACAAUAUACAUUCCUUUUGCUAGAAACACUUCUGAAAAGAAAUCACCACUUUCUAAGAGGCUAUCCCCUCAGCCCCAAAUAAGAGCCGCUAUAACACAGCUAGUCAGCAACAGUGGACUUGCUGUCUCUGGAAAAGAAAAUAAACUGUGUACAUCUGUAGCCUGUUCCUAUUCAACAAAGGAAACAGAAGAUGUACCUGAAAAGCUUUCCAGAACAUCCGAUAUGAAGGACAUACAGCUCCUCAAGAAAAUAAAGGAAGCAAUUGGUAAGAUCCCUGCUGCCACCGAGGAUCCAGAGGAACAAACUGCAUGUGCUGGCCCAUCAAGUUGUCUUAGCAACAGCAUUCAAGUGCAGGGCAGUACUGUCUGUGAUGGUAGUGUUUUCACUUCUGACUUGAUGUCUGACUGGAGCAUCUCUUCAUUUUCAACGUUCACUUCUCGUGAUGAACAAGACUUCAGAAAUGGCCUUGCGGCGUUAGAUGCCAACAUAGCUAGACUCCAGAAGUCCUUAAGGACUGGUCUUCUGGAGAAAUGAAUUCAGAAGAAAAUUCAUCAAGUGCUUCUUUUUAAAACUAGAACUUGGCCUUAUUGAAUGUGUGUUUUUCUUUAGUGAGAUGAUGUUUUUAUAUUCUUAAUUAUGUGUGAAAUAAUAAAUUGUACAAGUAAUAAAUGUAUUAUUGGGAUAUAUUGACACUGAGGAGCUUAUAGAAACAAGUCAUCUUAAGAAGCUGACAAUUGCUACAAGAAGCAAGUUGUAGAUAACUAGGAAAUUGUUGUAAGUAAUGUUUUAUUUCAGUACUUAGCAACUAGACUUCUUUAUUAAGAUGUACCUUCUGUAUUAAGGGUACGGAUUGAAAGAGUUCUGUGGUUGUCCUAAAAGAUAAUGGGAAAAGAAUCUCUGGAUGUAAUUUUUCUAUUCAAACUAGAAUUUUUCGGUUUGUUUGUUUCAGUGUACUUUUUUUUUUUUUUAAUAGCAAUGUGUUUUUUUUAAUGGGAUGCUGUGUGCUACAGGCUAGUGUUAUUGGUGACAUAUAUAAACAUUUAUUUAAAGAGAAAAGUUACCAGUAUCUACACCUCUUAAAAAACAUUGAUACAUCAUAGAACAUGAACAACUAAACAAACAAACAAACAAACAAAAAACAAAAAAAACAUCGAUUGGCCUAAAAAAAUGUAUAGAUAACAUCCUAAGUUAACAUAUGACUUCUUAAAACUUGGGCACUUUUAUUUGUUUUUAUCACAAAUGCCUUUAAGGCCUUUAAAGAAUAGUCAGAGUGAUAAAGAAGUGCUCACAGAUAGGCUAUAGUUUGGGAAAUUUGUUUUCUUUUAAAAAAGAAAUGUUCAUUUUUGUCCUUUUAUUUGAACAUGAUGGAAUUUGUAAAUGUUGGCAUUGGUUGUAAUUCUACCUUUUGGAACAAUUUUUUUUUUUCCAGCUUGUUAGCUGAGAAUAUUCUCUAUUCUAUGAAUAAUGUGAAGUAGGUUGGUCUCUCUGCUUCUCUGUACCAGGAAUCCUUAACUCAGUAUCACCUCCCUCCAUGUACGUAGCACAUUUUAACUCUUAGGAAGCUGAAUGUUGUGUUAUCACUAAUACUUUGUACAGGUCACCUGCCUAGUCUAAUUUUCUUUAGUACGCAGACAGCUUCAUCAUUAAAGAUGUUCU